AUGUCGGGAAACAGAUUGAACGAUAGAAACUCGCUCAACAACUAUCCCCCACUUACUCCCUCCACACCAAGAAACGAUGAAUCAGGCGUGUCAAACCCACUGCUCUCGUCACCUAUUACUCCACGGCGAGCCAAGAAGAAAACAGUGUACAGCGACAGAUAUAUCCCGAACCGAACAGGCGUCGAUCUACAGGCUGCGUUCAGCUUGAACACAGAAACCGUCCAGUCUUUCUCUGCGACAGAAUAUUCAAACAGAGGAUCAGGAUCCAUCAUAGAAAACGAAAUCGACUAUCUGCGCGAAGAUGAAGCCAACAGGACGUUUGACGCCGUGCUAAAAUCGGAGCUGUUCGGCGAUAACUUGCCUGCAGGUUUCUCCUCCAAGAAGGCAACAACUGCAAGCGCUCCGCAAACAGCCACAACUUCGGACUCCUCGCGCAACCAAAUCACUCCUCCGGGAUCUAAUCAUGCCAGCUACUCUGGAUCGCAGAUCAAUAUCGACGAAGCAGUCCAGCGCACCCCUCGCCAGUCGGGGAACCUCUUCACAUACCAAUCGCCUUCCAAGUCACGUCCAGCGUCUUCCUCGCUUAAUGUACAGAACGAGCUGUAUUCUCUGAGCCCUGUUCGUGCAGAUAGCCAGAAACUGCUGCUUUCACCGCAGAAAAAACCUCGGUCCAUCUCAAAAGUGCCGUACCGCGUGCUUGAUGCACCAGAACUUGCAGAUGAUUUCUACUUGAACUUGGUCGACUGGGGGUCGCAGGACGUUUUGGGAGUUGGUCUUGGAUCCUGUGUGUAUCUGUGGGACGCGUCGAGCGGUUCGGUCAACAGACUGUGUGACUUGGGAGCCAACGACACCAUCACCAGUUUGUCGUGGAUAGGGGCAGGAACUCACUUGGCAAUUGGUACCAGUUCUGGAUUGGUGGAAAUUUGGGACGCAACAAUGAGCAGAUGUACACGGACAAUGACGGGUCAUUCGUCGCGUGCAUCUUCAUUAGCAUGGAACCAGCACAUUUUGACGUCUGGUUCAAGAGAUAGAACAAUUUUACACAGAGACGUUCGAGACCCAUCGCACUACAUUAAGCGUCUUGAAAAACACAAACAGGAGGUGUGUGGACUCAAAUGGAAUAUUGAGGAGAACAAGCUGGCCUCUGGAGGCAACGAUAACAAGCUCUAUGUCUGGGAAGGAAUGAACGACGAGCCGCUUUUCAAGUUCUCAGAGCACCAGGCCGCUGUAAAGGCCAUUGCAUGGUCUCCUCACCAGCGAGGAAUACUGGCCUCGGGAGGAGGAACAGCAGACCGCCGGAUCAAGAUCUGGAAUACCAUCACUGGCUUGAAGAUUAAUGACGUUGACACCGGGUCCCAGGUUUGUAACUUGGCGUGGUCUAAGAACUCCAACGAGCUGGUUUCUACACAUGGAUACUCCAGAAACCAAAUUGUCAUCUGGAAGUACAACACUAUGCAGCAGAUCGCCUCGCUCACGGGCCACACGUACAGAGUGCUCUAUCUAGCCAUGUCGCCGGACGGACAGACCAUUGUGACCGGUGCCGGCGACGAGACCUUGCGGUUUUGGAACGUCUUUGAAAAGAAUAAGAACGACACCGGACCGUCGUCUGUUCUUCUUGAUGCGUUUAUGCAACUUAGAUAA